CCCCUUUCCAUUAUAAGACCAUGGUGUCAUCAACUGUAAAGACUCACUGAAAGGACAAAUAUACGCAUGAAUUUUCAAGACGGAAGGAGCCAUGCUGGUUAGCUUUCUUUUUCUGCUCCUCAUCUCUGAUGAGGUUCAUUGUGAGCAAAACUGCAGUUAUCAGGAUGUUUUGAACUAUUUAAACCUGUCAGGUAACAACGAGCUGUACUCGAUGACCCGGCCAGUUAAAAACUAUAAAAAUCCCACACAAGUAUCACUGGAGGUUCUGCUCUAUGCCAUCCUAGAUGUGGUUGAAAAAGACCAGAAAUUUAUUCCUUAUGUGUGGACAGUCACAAGAUGGAACAAUGAACACAUUUCCUGGGAUCCCAAUCAGUUUUGCGGAAUUGAUAAUGUUUCUCUACCUUCUGAAAUUUUAUGGAAACCAGAUCUUACGAUUGAAGAAAUGACAGAGAAAGACAAAGCCCCUCCAAGUCCUUAUCUCACCAUCAACAACAAAGGAGAUGUUGAAGUUCAGAAUGACCAGGUGUUAGUGAGCACCUGCAUGAUGCAUACAUACAAAUUUCCUUUCGACAUUCAGAGUUGUAACCUCACCUUCAAAUCCAUCAUACACACAGCCAGAGAAAUCCGGCUACAACCAAGUGACAACUCUUCAGAGGCCACAGAGUGGUCUCGGGAGGUGAUGCGGACCCAGUAUGAGUGGCUGUUCAUCAACAUGACAGUCACUGCUAACAACGCCAGUGAAUUAAGUGAUCAAGACAUAAUCAUUUAUACUAUCACAAUGGAGAGGAGGUCUCUGCUGUAUAUUGUCAACUUCCUGCUGCCUGUUCUCUUCUUCUUGUGUCUGGACUUGGCCUCCUUCAUGAUCUCAGACUACGGUGGAGAGAAACUCAGCUUCAAAGUCACUGUGCUGCUUGCUAUUACGGUGUUACAGCUAAUUCUCAAUGAAAUUCUGCCUUCCUCCUCUAACCAGGUCCCUCUCAUAGCCACUUACUGUAUUGUGGUUUUUGCUCUGAUGAUGCUCAGCCUCCUGGAGACGAUCUUUGUGAUGUAUCUGAGAGAGAAGGGCUCCCGAGAGACACAAAGAGACACACAUGAUUGGACUCAAGGUAGUUUUAACCACAAUGUGUCUUCAAGUGAAACUGGUGAGGUUGCGCCUGGUGCCGAAGAGGACAGACACAACAAACGGACGGGGAACUGUUACACCUUGGAGAGGCUUUCAGAUGAGCUGAGGGCGAUGGAGAAGUUAUUAACUCUGUUCUUGAAGUCCAAGAAAGAAGAUAAGACAUCUGGCUACUGGACCAGAGUGGCUAAAAGAGUGGACAAAUUUUUCUUUUUGUUCUAUGUCAUACUGGUCCUCCUGUUACUGAUUCUAAUUUUCUCAGAGUGGAAAAGUGAUUAGAGCUCAUCAUUGCAACAUAAUAUAAUUCAGCUUUAUAUAUGCAGCCCCGAUCCACCUCAGCAUUUAUCUGAAACGCUUUGCAGAAAUAGUGAAAAAUGCAUUCCACUUCUGUUGAUGUUAUUACAACCUGAUUAAUAUAUCUGUUCUAUACAAUGUGCAUUGAUAUAUGUUAUACCCAUUCAUCAGAAGUUGUUCAGCUCAGAAAACUAACUUAUUCCUUACGUAAAUAAAAAGUGAGAAAACUGUUUUAA